CUGCACCACAGGUCAACACUACAAAUUUAUUCAAUCAUUUGAAGACCGCUCACAAAGUGACACACGACCAAACAAUGAAGGAGCAUAGAGAAAAACUCUCAACAACACCUGCUUCAUCCUCACAGACCUCCAUUCACGCUACCCUGUACAACGCGACUAAAUAUCCCACCAGCUCCCAGAGACACAAGGAGAUAACAAACGCAGUAACGUUUUUCCUCGCCAAAGACCACUGCUCAAUUAACACAGUGAACAACCCCGGCUUUAAGAAACUAAUCAACACUUUGGACAAACGGUAUAACUUGCCAUCUCAUCACUAUUUUAGUCGAGUGGCGAUUCCCGCUUUAUAUGAUGAGUGUCAUGAUGGUGUCGCAAAGGAAGUGGCUACAGCCCAAUAUUUUGCCACCACAACGGACCUGUGGUCAAGCCGCACCAUGGAGCCGUAUUUGAGCCUCACGGUACAUUUCAUUGACAUGGAUUUCAACAUGAAAACGAAAUGUCUCCAGACAUCAUUUUUCCCAGAAGACCACACAGGGCAGGACAUAGCUGCAGGUCUGAAACAAGCACUGGCUACGUGGGAUCUGGAGGAGAGUAAACUCGUCUGUAUAACCACAGACAACGCUGCAAAUGUCAUGCUGGCUGCACAACUGAAUGGCUGGAUGAGGCUCCAGUGCUUUGGGCACAGAUUACAUUUGGCCAUAGAAUGAGCCAUGAAAGAUCACAGGAUUGAGCGUGCAGUGGGGGUCUGCAAAAAAGUGGUCAGCACCUUUUCAUUCAGUUGGAAAAAAAAGAGAGAGCUGAAAAAGGCACAGAUAGACCUCAACCUGCCAGACCACUCCUUAAAGACUGAAUGUCCAACCAGAUGGGGA